CACGAUUCAAUUGAUUUGAUCUCUCGAUUUUCAUGUUACAAAACCUAAAAAGAUCUGCUUUUUUUUAACUUAAUUACAAUCUCCAUUGCUCCUCCUCCUCCUCCUCCUCCUCCUCUUCUUCUUCCUCCUCCUCUUCGUCUUCCAAUGGCGUGUCGGUUCUGUUCUCUCUCACUGUGGCGACGACGCGAAUAGAGAGCUUCCCAGGUGAGGUGCCCACGCUCAUUGUCAUGGUCCUUGUUCAGAUUAGGGCAUACUGUUUCUGAUCAUUCGUAUUCCGGUUUGCUCUAUAGCGCGAUUGUAACAUUUUGUUUUCUACGGACAGAUGAGCGCUAUUUUAUUAUAUCAAUUGUAGAACGUUCUUUUUUUUUUCUUUUUUUUUAAUUGUGAAAUGGGGGGUUUUGGGCAAAGAUGUUUUUCAAAAGGAACAUGUUAUCGGUUGUAGCUGGAGUGUGGCGGUAGGGAAGGCUAGGAUAGGGUGAAAGAUGACUGAUUUUCAACCGCUUCAGCAAAAGCCUGAAUCCACCGGCGAUGUUUGUUCUGAAUUCGAGCGCGGGUUGGAGGAGCUCAUGCGAGGUCAUUUGGACGAUUGUAUGUCAUUUGCCUCGUGCAGCUCGACGCGUGCACCCGACGAGGAAGAUGAUGAGGGCGACCAGUUGGUGAGGCGGAGACGGAGAUCCGAGCUCGAGGGCGAUGACCUGGCUGAGUCCUCAGCUGCAAGGAGGCGCCAUUCGCGCAUUUUGAGCAGGUGGGCUGCUAGACAAGCCCAGGAAAUGAUCACGACCAUCGAGAGGAGAAAUAGGGAGUCUGAGUUAAUGGCAUUGGCUGGUUUGCAGACUGUAUCGAUGCUUGAUUCGUCGUUCCUCAGGGAGUCCCAGUCACCGACUUCCCUGAGGCAAGGUGCUGUGGAGCAGCCGAACACUCGGGCUUCGUCUAUUUUGCAGAUGUGGAGGGAAUUGGAGGAUGAGCAGUUGCUGAGUCGGGCCAGAGAGGUGAGGGAGAGAUUGAGGCAGCGGAGGAGUGUUGAGCCCAACACAAAUAUGCCGAGCACCAUUAUUUCUGAGAGUAGGGGCGCCGAGAUUCAGGGAAGUGUUGGGGAUGUGAGUGAGAGCGAGAAUGAGUAUGGCACUUGGUCGCAUGAUCAGACUCAAAAUGAAGGUCGGGAUGAUAAUGGAUCAAGUAGGGAGCAGUCUCCUGAUCUUGGUGAGGUUGAGAGGGAGAGAGUGAGGCAGAUUGUUCGGGGAUGGAUGGAGAGUGGGAUUGGCGACCAUACUUCGAAUGGUAAUUCCAGAGACAACAGAUCGCGAGCAGAAUGGCUUGGUGAAACAGAGCGCGAAAGGGUGAGAAUUGUUAGAGAGUGGGUGCAAAUGACUAGUCAAAGAAGGGAUGCUCGUGGCAGCCGGAGGGAAGAGCAGGAAGAGGGAGCAAGACAAGGUACUCAAGGUGAUGGAGUUCGUGAAGGUUCUGUUGCCGACACUGAGGAUGGUCAACCAGAGCAUAUUCGGCGGGACAUGCUCCGUUUGCGUGGAAGACAAGCCCUGAUUGAUUUGCUCAUGAGAGUUGAGAGGGAACGACAAAGAGAACUUCAGAGUUUGGUGGAGCAUCGGGCAGUUUCUGAUUUCGCUCACCGUAAUCGUAUACAGUCACUACUACGAGGGCGAUUUUUGCGAAAUGAAAGAACAGUUGAAGAAGAAAGGCCUCCUUCAAUGGCAGCAGGAGAAUUGGUUCAGUUGCGACAACGACAUACGGUUUCUGGUUUAAGGGAAGGAUUCCGUUCCAGACUAGAAACAAUUGUUCGCGGUCAGGCUAAUACGCAGUCUGAUUCUGCAUCUGUUGACGUUGACAAUGAGUCCAGAAAUGCGAUGACUCCUGGAACUUCACUGGAUGUUCAACAAGAAAACCACGAACCGGUACAAUCCACUAGCCGGGCAAAUGAUAGUAACCGCUCAUUGAAUCGAGUAAGAAACGACGAAAACAAUGCAGGUACUGAAAGUGUGAAUUGGCAAGAUACAUCUAAUGAAAGUGGCAACUGGGAACAGAAUUUGGGUGGUGAGAGGGGAGAGCAACAACAAACUGCUGCACAAUUUAACGAGUUUAGGGAUGAUAACAUUGCUGAUAUUGAGUUUAGGGAUGAUAAUAUUGCUGAUAUGGAAGGCAAUUGGCCCACAAAUUCAGCCAAUGAAUGGGCUCGUGGAGCUCCAACAAAUAUGGGGGAACAAUACCUGCAGCAAACUCAGGGCAUAUGGCAUGAUGAUGGUGGCCCGCACGAAGCAGUGGUGGGAAUGUGGCCAGAGGGGUCUGCUGGUCCUUCUAGAGCACGGCGUGCUGUUCCUCUCAGAAGGUAUAAUAGAUUCCAUCCCCCUGAUGAUGAUAACGUUUACAGCAUGGAGCUCAGGGAACUUUUGAGCAGGAGGAGUGUUUCCAAUCUCCUGCGCAGUGGUUUCCGUGAAAGUUUGGAUCAGCUGAUACAGUCAUAUGUGGAAAGGCAAGGUCAUGCUCCCAUUGAAUGGGAUUUGCAAAGAAAUCUGCCUGCUCCGACUCCAACUCCUGCCUCACCUAGUCAAGAUCAAGAGUUACAGACAGAUCAAGUCGAUGUCACUAACAGACCUCCAAGAGUUCUUCCAGGUCCAUCAAUACCCACACCACAGCCACUUUGGCAUCAGGAUCUACACCAUGCUGGAUGGUCUCGCCACAGCAUGCAUCGAUCAGAAAUUGAAUGGGAGAUGAUCAAUGAUCUUAGAACAGACAUGGCUCGCCUGCAGCAAGGCAUGAGCCACAUGCAAAGGAUGUUGGAAGCCUGCAUGGAUAUGCAGCUUGAGUUGCAGCGAUCUGUGAGACAGGAAGUCUCGGCAGCUUUAAAUCGAUUUGCGGGUGAUAAAGGUUUGGGUCCUGAGACAUCAGAAGACGGAUCUAGAUGGGCUCAUGUGAGGAAAGGAACUUGUUGUGUUUGCUGUGACAGCCACAUUGAUUCCCUAUUGUACAGAUGUGGGCACAUGUGCACUUGUUUGAAAUGCGCAAAUGAAUUGGUUCGUGGUGGAGGGAAGUGCCCUCUCUGUAGAGCUCCAAUCGUUGAGGUGGUUCGAGCAUACUCCAUACUGUAAGCGGCCGACAGACGGGAGAGAAAGUGUCUAAGAGAACCUGGAAUCCAGGGUAAGAUCAGUAGAGCCAUGUCGUGCUUCGAGAAUGUUGGAAUAUUCGGUUAUUUAUUGCUGUUCUCCUAAUUAUAUGUUGAACGCUUCUCAGUGUAUAAUUGGAAACGAGAAAAUGGCAUUGCCAAUUCAUCAUUCAUGUGUAAAUAAAAUGUCAUAUAUUUUCCC